CAACAGGUCGGACGCAUGCGCAGAGGCCCCGCACGCGAUAUAACAUCCGCGUGCCAUGUGAGGCGGAGCAGUUGUCCCGCGGAGUUCAUCUCAGCCCGAAUGAGUGAGGAAGACGGAUGGGGGGGGAGGGAAGGUCAGCCCGAAGUGGAGACGAGCACGAAAGGGCCCGACAUCACGCGUCGCCUGGAGAUUGUCACCAUCAGCCCCAAGGCUUCCGCUCGCCCCCCCCGGCGACCGGCCCAGUCGGGAUCACUGCCGGCUCUUCAUCCAAAAAGUAGCCGAAGAGAAAAUUACCAAGAAGAGAAACCCUGGAUUGGACCGAAGUGGAGCUGGGAGGACCAGCUUCUGAAGACGCGAGAAAGAACCGCAGGAAAGAAGAAACGCGGGAGAACUAUCCUGUGGAGGCCUGGCAGCGGCCGCCAUGUCGAUGAGGGGCGUGAUUCCUACCGUCCUUUCACACACGUAGUCAGGGUUCUCCACCUCGAGGAGGCCCUAGACAUCUGCCUCAACCGAAGGAUAAAACCAAAGAAAGUGCAAACGUUCAGCAGCAUCGACUCCCGCGAGCUGCCCGCGAACCACCCCUGCGCUAACAUGAAAGUGCUUUGGUUCGGUGCUGAAAACCAUGCGGAGGAGGAGCUCUCCAACUGGUAUGGCAAUGUUGAGUUCGCUUUGGACGCGCAGACUCUGCAGACUCAGUGGAAGUACUGCUUCUUGGUGGAGAUGAUGACGACGCCGACGCACACGGCAUCGCGUCUACUGCUCACCAACAAAGACUACUCAUCAGUGCUGCCCAGGUAUUACAGCAGCCACGCAGGUGGCCCGUGGCAAGUGACGCCCGAGGGGCAUAAAGGGCUCGUCCAGUGCUCACGGUACCGCUUCAUGGGCACCAAUGUCCACAGCCACGCGCUGGAGUUCAUGAUCGAGGCCACUCCAAAGGACGAGAGGGCCAUCCUGGCGGCCUGCCAGAUAUCCUUCAAGAACCACGACAGAGCAAAACACAUCAAUAUACCACACGUGUGCAACCGGUACCAGAGGCUGGGCACUCCGUGCCCCACGCCCUUCACCACAAGCCAGACUGCACGAGAAUUCUUCAAACGCAUCCAAAUGAGCGGCAUACCCUGGAGCAUGUUACCGGGGAGGCUAUCCCCAGAGGCUCAGAAGCAACUGGAAUUCUUCAACGAAGAUGAAAGAAGGAUUGCCAUGCAGAAGUAUUUUGUGUCUCCUCCGAUGUAUUCUCAGCAAACGCUUUGCUUUCAGAAUCAGAUGCAUUAUUUUUAGCACAGGCUGUUGUUUUACUUUCUGUGUUUGUGAGUGUUAUUUUGAUUUAAAACACUCCCAUGUAUAUUUUCAAGUGUAUAUUUCGCGUGAUUUUUUUAAUGUAGUUUAUUUAAAUUCUUACAAGAUUAGACGCAUAUAUAAAUAUGCUAAUCAUGUGACCAAUGCAGUGUAAUUGUUAAAACUAUAUAAAACUAUAUAAAGUAAGAUAAAAUUAUAUUUUGUAUAGAGUGUCUUAAAUCGAUUAUUUAUAUAUGGAAUGCGAUUACAGUUAAAUAUAAUCUUUAUUUUAUUUUCAAAAGUGAUGUUUUAGGUAUGUGAUUCAUUCCCUUCCCCCUCUCUCUUCUUCAUUCUCCCUUUUCCUCUCCCUCUGCUAUUUCCUUUUCAUCGUGUUUUUUUCUCACUUUUUCCAAAUCUUUCUUUCCCCUUUUUGUCUCUACUUGCUCCCUCCCUCCCUUUGGGGGGUGAAGGGUGAGAAUUGUCUUAAGAUUAUGGUAUGAUGCCCUAAUGAAGAUAACAAAAUCAGUAAGAGAAUUAAAUGAACUGAAAGAGCUAGAACGAGUGGAUUUCUAACAGUCAAUCAACAGAACAGAGGAGAAUGAAGGGCAUAAAAUUUCGUGAAAACUACGAGUUAAUUUUCAGUUUGAAAGAAAAUCAAGAACCCAUUGAAUUAGUUGUAGUAGAAUCUGAAUAAAUCUCUAAAAAACGA